GAUUAAAUUUUCUUUCUUUGUGGCCACCAAGAUUUCCAUCGUGCAAUCAUAUUUAACUCAAAUUCGUUUAUAGUCACACAUAACCUCUUUCUUGUGAAGAAAGAGCUUCUGCCUUAUCUAGUAAAGCGUAGAUCUUAUAUUGUACCUAACAGAGUGAAGGAGCGAACGUGAAUGGAGACAUAAUUUAGUUGUUAAUUUGAGAAACACACCCUUGUCAUGAUGCAAAUCGUGGCUUUGACGUACAUAUUUUGGUAUUCAAUAGGCUUCAUUAACAUGGCCCUUAUUUCUACGACUUCAACCUUACAGAACGAUGGCAACAUGAAUUCUUCGACAUUCAAACCCAUGAAAGAAAGCUUUACAGGUUAUACCGUGUUACAUAAAAUCCGUCGAUAUGAAAUGGAGGAUGUCGUGCUGUGCCUUGAUUCCUUGUCCAUGGGUAAAAAGCAUUCCAUCCAUAUUGCAUUCCUUGGCGACUCUCUCAUCCGGAAUCAGUUCUUGAGCUUUACUUCGUUAAUUCCAGACUACGAUCGAAACCUGCCGUUCCACCUAAAAGAAUACGAAUCUCAUUUUCACGAAAAUCGAAACAUGCACAGUCUACUUUUAAACAACCUAUUAGUUUCUUUUCGAUGGAGAGCUUUAGUCAAUGACGAAUUGCUAACCGAUUUCAGAAUGUGGAAUAGUUCUGCCGUAAAUGAUGAUGGAAUACCGGAUUUUAUUUUUUUGGGCUCAACAGUUCACAAUAUAUUACAAAACAGGAAAACGACAUUCAUGGAGAAAAUUGAAACAGAUUUAUUACCAGAACUUCAAAAUUUUUUGAGAAUUCAUCCGAAGAAACAAAUAUUUUGGGUAAUUCAAAGCCCAACAACAGAUAUGUUGGGACCCAUUUCUGGACCUAACAAUCAUAUUAUUCACAUUAAAAAAAUUCAUCAUUACAAUGCUAUAAUACGGAAGAUAUUCAAGGGUACACGAGUUGCUGUUUGGGAUUUGCUGCUCCCUGCCAUCGAAGAGUACAUUCGCAGUUGCUUCCUUAUGCAAUUUUACCAGUACGAUGUUGAUGGAUAUAAACUGUGUGAUGACUUUAUUCAUCCUGGACACCAAGUUUUAUCGAUGGGAAGUCAUUUAAUUUUUAAUUGUAUUUGUUACCACAACGAAAAUUACAAUGAUCUGGAAGGUUUCACUGAUUCUUAUUUAUCAUGAG